UCAACCAAAUUUAUAUUAUGUAAUUAUUAUAGCAUACAACUAGUCUACUAUACUGUAGCUAGCUAACUAGCUCUACCCCAGACCCGACCCGGACCCGUACCUGGCGCCAUGAGUGACUUUGAGUUCAAGCGUAGCGUGGACCUAGAGUCCCAGCUAGCCUCUGAGAAGUUCGACAUUACCUCCUACGUCAAAGAAGUGGCUUGUAGCUAUGACAGCAUCCCAGAAUUGAAGCAACACCGACGAAGAAUCACUACUGUGGCCGAUCAAACAGCCCAGAAGCUCAAACACAAUGUCUACAAGAACUAUGAACUGUUCAUAGACACCUCCAAAGAGAUCUCAUCACUAGAAUCUGAAAUGUACCAGUUGAGUCACUAUCUUCACGAGCACGAAUCACUCACCCAAUCCCUUAUGACCCUGUCUCUGUUGGACGACAAGACUGGGGUACAGACGACCGGAGAAGGAGCUAAACACGAGAAGCUGAGUAUAUCCACACUCCUCGAGAAAGUGGAGGGUGGUUCAAUUGUUACCGAGGUACCAGGACGCUAUCUUAUCCGUUCGGGGGAUCUGAAAGAGCUUGAUCAAGAGACGUUUGAGCCUGUUAACCUGGUUCGAGCCUUUCUCCUAAACGACAGCCUCAUGAUUGGGGUGAAGCUUCACCAACGACGUGGUGCAGUUCAAUACAAAUUCCAAUCCCUGUACGAGCUCGACAACAUGGCAAUUGUGGACGUCAAAGAUUCCGACACGAUUCGAUUUGCAUUUAAGAUUUUGAUGUUCCCCGACAGUCACAUGUAUCAGGCUGAACAUGAAGAGAGCAAACAAGGAUGGCUUCAACUACUGGAGAGUACUAAACAAAAGCACAAGAAAUACGUUGAUGGAAGAAUGGAAGCUGUACGUCAAGCUAAUCGUCAACAAUUUGAUUUAUCUAUGAGUUCAAUCACCCGACAAUCUCUCAAGUCACCUGACUCGGAAGGCUCACAAGAAGACCUGAUAUCAAAAUCCGCAGACUGGCUCAAAGAUGUCCCCGGAAGUCUGGACGUGUUUAUCGCUCAAAGAGAGUUUGAAAAAGCUGUAUCCUUGAUCGAGCGUACCAAAGGGCUUCUCAAAGAUUCCUCUGAUUCGUUUGCCAAUCGUGAUGUGAGAGUUAAAUUGAAUCAUCGUAUCACCAAACUAGUAGGUAUUCUCAUUAAAGAGCUGGAGACCUCCCCCAGUGGGUCCCUUCGUGGGGGGCCUAGAGCUGCUCGACGUGCCGUCAGUCUACUACUGAGAUUGGGUCGCUCCGACAAAGCUUGCUCCCUCUUCCUCGAAAAUUACCGACAAAUCAUUCAACGAGAUCUCAAAGAUGUCAAGACAGAAGGAACAGUUACUCUCUAUGUGGCUAACUAUGCCCACACGUUCUUCACUGGUCUACACAACGCAGCAUUGGAAUUUGAGAGAGCAUUUGGCAAUAAUGAUGGGACCUACUCUUCGUUUAUCGUGUGGUGCAACAGUCAAAUUCGAGAUUUCCACAAGCGGGCCUCACCGGAGAUCUUCAAGCCAGAGUGUUCGCUGUCUACUGUUGCCGAGUGUAUGUCGGCCAUCAUCAAAGCCUGUGACAGCCUCCAGGAGAUUGGCCUGGACCUGAGCUUUGCUCUGAUGUCACUGUUCUACCCACAACUCUCUCAGACACUGGCUGACAGUCGAGACCACAUCCAGGAUCAGUGUGCCACCUCAGGCACUGCAGAGAGUUGGAAUCCUCUGGACCUCAGUGAAGACAAAGUUCAAUUAGUUGCUAUUCAGCUCCAGAUGGAAAGCAUUGGAAUAACAGACUUCAAGAACCUUAUCCACGAGGGCUCCCUGGUGGACCUUAGCCAAACAACCAUUGACUUCUGCAAACUUAUCCUCUCAUUCACAAACGACUUCUUCAAACUGUACACACCAAAGGCUUUUGAGGUCUUUAUCGAAUGUUUCUGUGACAUUUUCCGAAACAUGAUGGAACUAUUUACGGAUGCACUGUCACGAGACGAGAAUGUGCCAAUGACAGAGUCCAUACAGAAGGACGCCAUGUUUGUGACCGAGACUGUCCUCCCAGCCAUGUCAGACAGGAUCACCAAGGAAACGGGGGUGGAGAUUCAUGAUCUAGUCAACCUACACUCUAACCUUCACAAUAUGUGGGAGAAAUCGUCGCGCGGGACAACGCCCACCACUGAGGCCCCAGAGGAGAGCCCUCGACCGGCCCAGCCCUAUGUCUCUGAGGGGGAAGACUCUGAGGAAGGGGACAUGACCGAUAUGGAUGAUGAUGACAUUGUUUAGUAUAAUGCAUGAACAUCAUCGUUUUUUUUUUAUCACUGCACUAGUAUUAAUACAAUUUUAAUCGAAUUUUAGCCGCGA